AUGACUGUUUUGUUCGCAAGAGGAACUGGGGAACCUGGCAAUGUAGGCAUUUUGACUGGUCCUCCUUUCUUCGUGGCUCUAGCAGCAUACAUGAACGAAACGAGAAGUAUGUCGAUCCAAGGAGUAGACUAUGCCGCCACCACCUCCGGUUUUCUAGCCGGUGGUGACCCAGCUGGUGCCAAAACAAUGGCCGACCUAAUAAACAACACACUAAGCACGUGUCCCUCCACCCAUCUCACGGUAUCCGGCUACUCUCAAGGUGCGCAACUCGUUCACCUCGCCAUGAGUUCGCUCUCUAACACCACCACCUCGCGCAUCAAAACUGUCGUCAUGUUCGGGGAUCCGAAGAAUGGUACCGCGCUCAAUGGAGUCGAUGCUAGCAAAGUAAUGACGAUCUGUGAUCCGAAAGAUGAUAUCUGUAAAGGUGGGGAUGCCGUACUGCCAGCCCACUUGGAAUACAGUGCGAAUGCGGGAACUGCUGCCAUGUUUGCUUUGAGUGGGUUGGCGGAUGUAGGGAUUACGAGUGCCAGGAAGAUCAGUGGGGUGGAUGGAAUUGUAUCUUAA